CCCAGUUGCGCUUUUCGAGGAGCUGGUGGGGUGUGCGGUGUUUGUGACACUUAGAAAAGAGGUUCGGCGAAGGAUCUGUUAGGGUGGAUUAAAUAAGGACAAAGAACGGGCGGAAGAGGAGCAAAAUCAGGAACAAGUGAUGCAGAAAUACUUGCACUUUCAUGGCAGCAGUGGUUAGCCAUGCGAUGCGACGAUUCCCAACAUCACCAACCGACGCCGUUUAUACGUCUUACGGGUUAAGGGGUGAAGGUUCUCAUAAAGAAGGUGAAAGCUCGCUGUCGCGCUCGAUGCGAUACGCCGACCCGUGGCUGUACGGCAGCGUUAGGGCACCUGGGGGUCUACUUCUAGCACCGGCUUUCGUGCUCUGCACCUGCCAGGACUACGUCAACGGGACGAAACGGUCCUCCAAGAAGUCGCCGUCGACAUGCAAGAAGUGUAAAGGUACCCGACUUCCUCUGCCUCCAGUGGACUCGACGAAGUUCGGCACGGUGCGAUGCUACCCCACGAGCGUCCACGCGGUGUCGUCGACGCCGCUGCGCGCGGGUACGGUGCGCGUCAGCUCCUCCUCGAGGCCGAGCAUCCUGCCCUCCGCCGACCCCUACGAUCUCAUGAGAAGGUCCCGGCUGUCGGUGGCGGAGGGCGCCGGACACUUCAGGGCGAGGUCGAUAUCGCCCGGUAAAUCUCGCAACGGGGACGCCAGGAGCCACAGUGGGACCAGAUCGAAAGGUGCCAAGCCAGACUCCUACAACGCCUCCUGCGGCCGCCGCUCGAUCCUAGAAUGCGACAUCAACCCCUACGAGCUCAUAUCCUCCAGCAAGGACACCGCCUCGAAGGAAUCCAGCAUCACCUUCGUCAGCGGCCAGCGGAUCCGCAUCCGACCCUCCCUAACCAACCAGGCCGACUACGAGGACGUGCAGGUCAAUUCUCCCCCGUCGUUGAAGGCGCCGCCGACUUCCAAGUUGCCGGCGAAUCAAAAUAAAACCGCAACGAAUUCUCCAAACAAGCCGGGGAAAGUCAGGAGUCCGGUGUCGUCCCCGAAGCCGAACGAGAAGGAGUCGGAAUUCAGCAGCCGGUUCAAGUCCAUCCUGAAGAAGCCUUCGUCGACUUUCAGCGACUCCGACUCCGCCGGGCCCGAGAGGAGCCCGACGCCGUCGUUGAAGGGCGGGUCGCAGUUUUACAUACCGAUGCCCUGCCCGACGCCCAGGAAGAAGGUGCAGUUUUUGGUGGGGAACGAGCUCGUCCGGAACCAGCUGGUGGGGAACCGAAAGGGCGAGACGGUGAGGUGUCGUCAUGGUGACGAUAACGGAGUGGAGGAGGAUAAGAAAAUUACCUCCGAGGAAAGGAGGGAGGAACAGAAGACGGACCAAGAUAAACCCGAAGAAACCAAGACCUGCUCCCUGAAACGUAGCUACAGCGACAGAGUCCCCAACAACCAGAAGAAGGUUGUCUUUCACGACACGAUGGCCUUACGGCAACGCAUGAAGCGGGUCGAUUCGAGAGCGCCUUUCGACGAAAAGGAUCUCGAGCGGUUAGACGGAAUAACCCCGAGGACGAGGAAAAUCAGUCUAACUAAGUCUCGACCGAGCGCACCGCCCCCACCGCCGCCUCCGAUGAGUCCCGUCGGGGACGAAGAAGAAAAAUAUUACAGUUUACCCGCUGAGAUAAACGUCAGGGAAGAGAAUGUAAAGGGACCUAGCGAGACUCACACGGAAGUACAAAAAUUAGAUAAAUUAGAGUCAAACGGACGACCAGAACUUGCCACUUCGAAAACGAAUGUUGACGUUAAAAGUAAAAAGUGUACUCGGUUAACUUUGACGGAGGUUCUUGGUGUCGACGAACAAAUAAAUGAACAACCGAGUCCACAAAUCGCUAACGUUGAAGUUAAAAAUAUGCAGUACGUCAUCGGUUUUUCCCAGAAAUGCAUUCCAAUAGAACCCGAUCCUCAAAAAGCUGACCCUGACGAUAAAAGCGUCCAGUUAAAAGAAAAAAUAUCGCUGGAAAAAUUAGACCACUGCCUGAACAAUUACAAACCUCAAAACGACGUUUCGCCCAGUCCGACGCCGCCUUCAGCUCCGCCGAGGAAGAGAAGCAACAACAAGCAGCCGCAAGUGGCCAUCAUCAAGACGCCGUCCCCGUCGAUGCACCGAGUCAGGAUCGAAUCUCCGCCCGUGGAGUGCGCCAACCGAACGGUCGUCCAGAUAAACGGAACUCCGGCCGUUCACAAGCUCCAGAUCAAAAACGAGUUCUCGGACGUCACCAACGUCCAUACCGUUUCCAUCGUGGAAAGUCCCCAAAGGAAAACGUCGAUUUUGAUAAACGGAGACGACUGUUACUCGACGGUUAACGUGAACGACGACGUUCCCCUGUACCAGUCCUCGGUGGUCGUUAAGGAUACGGCGGCGGAAGCGUCGCCGAAACCGCUCGGGAAGAGGAGCAGCACCGUUUACAUCACCGGGACGUUUAUAUCGAAGGACACGAACGGAUUCGACGGGGUUACCAAAGACUACAAGGCGCCGAGCGAACUCGAAGGGAACGUCGAGGAAAAACGCCCGCCGUCCUCGGACCUGCUGAAGGAGAUACUGAAGGAUCCGGUGGAAGCAGUGCGCCGCAACUUAGUCCCUCACGUCUGCGGGAAAUCAGAUGUGCCUAGGAGACCACGCGACACGAAGACGUUCAACAGCAGGGCGCCGAGCCUGAUGGGGGAGUCCCUCCUCGAGUCGCCCCUCGAGGACAAGACUAGCGCGGCCGAUUCCAUCGAGGACUCGUUCCUGAGGCUGAGGAACUACGACGCCGUAGCGGAAGACAUCUCCUCGGAGCACAGCUCCUCCACGCAGUACGAGCUGAUGGACCCCGGUUCCGACUGUUACACGGACCACAGCAACCGCAGCUCGGUGACGGAGGAGGAGCUGUCGAACAGGACCAAGUUUUACGAGUUACUGGCCGAGUCCGCCACGGUGGAGGUCUCGGAGAACGACGAUCACCAUUACGAGACUAUAAAAGUCAGUAACGAUCCUAUUUACGAGGAGAUCGAAAUCCCGCCUCCCCUGCCGGCCAAUCCGCCGCCGUCUAGUCUACUCGACGACUUGAACUUGGACAAGGAAUUUACCACUAGGUCGAUUUUUGAGGGCGCCUCAAAGUACGACAUUCUCAGUUACUUGGUGGACGCCAAGGAGAGGGGCAUAGUGCAGGAGGACAACUACAGCUACAACUUCGGCAACAACACCCAGACAACCGAAGAGGAAACCAAAGAAGCCUACAACCGGGUGUCCCAGAUGAGCACGGUCAGCGAUUCCAGCGAAGACAAUUCCUUGAUAAUAUCCGGAGCCUUAAUAGACGAGAAGGCGACCUUCCAGAAGGCGGCCGAAGUGGAACGGAACGACUCGGGCGUCGGUUCCGAGACCAGCAAGAGUUCCCUGAGCAAGUACAGGACCAAGCAGGAGGUGGCGGUUUUGUGCGAGGACUGCGACGUUACCCUCGAGGCGAAAAUAGAGAACGAGCCGUUGAUCUGCAGGAAGUGCGUCAAGAAACGUACGGAGAGGAAGGAGAUCAUCAUGGAGAUCGUGGAGACGGAGGAGAAGUACAGCAGGGACCUUCAGAUCAUCCUGGAGGAGUUCUACCAGCCCAUGUUGGUGGCGGGGCUUCUUACCGCCGACCAGCUCUCCGCCAUAUUCCUGAACGUGGAGGAGCUACUCGAAAACAGCCAGGCCCUCGCGGAGAGGCUGCGCGACGCCGUGGAGAUAGCCCUGGAACAAGGGGACGACGACUUGUUAACCGUGAACAUCGGCAAGUUGUUCUUGGAAGCGGCGCCGAUGCUACACGGUUUCGAAACGUACUGCAUCCGACAAGGCGCCGCGAGCCUACUACUCGCCAGUCUAGAGAAAGACAAAGAGCUGCUUCGGAUAUUCCUGCGGGUCUCCCAAAUGGAGAACACGAUGUUGAGGCGGAUGAACCUCAACUCGUUCCUCAUGGUGCCCGUCCAGCGGGUGACCAAGUACCCGUUGCUGCUGGCGCGUCUGUUCAAGGUUACGCCCGCCCACCACGACACCAGGGACCAGCUCAAGGAGGCGCAGCACAAGAUCGAGCUGCACCUGAAUCACAUGAAUUCUGAAACGAAGGACGUUCCUAGUAAGCUGUGGAGGCGGAUCGGCAGCAGUUCCGGUAGAAGAUCGAGCGCGGAAAUGGAUCUGGUUAAUAUCAAACUGAGGAAGAUCGCCGUGGACGUACUGGAAUGGAACCACGAGGAAGCCAAGUUCGUUCUUGAAGGAAAACUGCUGUUUACCCAACCGUCGGACAAUAACUGGCGGAAAGGGAGGACAAUCAAGUUGGCGCCCAUAAACGCGUUGCUGGUAAUAAACGGAAAGGCUUCUGUUGGGAAAGGCGAGCGCACCGAGGAGAACGGGAUUAUCUUCGCACGACACGGUGCCAGGGAAGCCGCUCUGCUGUUGGUCAGGGAUAAAAACGGGCGGUACUCCCUCCUGAGGGAGCCGCUGUACCUAGAUCGCUGUGUCAUCGCCGCCGACCCCGCCUGGCAGAGCUACUUUGAAGUACAAGAGUUAUUAGGGAAGGAUACGUUUAUUUUUAAAGCCGAAGAUGAGGAACAAACGCAGACGUGGUACAAGCAGCUCCAGUUCUUCGCUCAAGGCAUGGGAGCGUGGAGGAAGCGAAGGAACGCACUAGCCAAUAUUAUGAUAAACGGAAUGGGGCUACGGUCGUAGCCGGGCGGGGAUUAAAACACCUUAUUUAUUAUUUUAUCGGAAGCUUUAAACGAAAUGUAAAUUACGAACGAUGUGACUUAAACCAAUUCUAUCAUUAUUUUAAAUAUGUACAUUGUAAAUAAUUAGUAAUUUAGCUGUGAUAUUUUUGGAUUCGGUUUUGGGGAUUUAUAUUUUACGCUAAAGUGUAGAUUUAAUCUAACCGUAACGUUAUUUAAUAUAUUUUAAUUAUCGCCUUUACCUAGAACCUGUAUAUGUCAUUAUUAAUAAUGUUAAUAUAUUAACUAUA